AUGCAGCUCCUCUCUCUUUUCGCCUCUUUGGCUCUCGUGUCUGCGGUGGUCUCAUCCCCGGCAGCGGGCUUGAACUCAAACGUGGCCCGCGCAGAUGACCGGGGCAGCUACAUCGUUCCUGGGCUCGGAGAUCGCAAGAAGGACAUCUUGAAUGCUGGUGGCAAUACUCGUGACAUGGCUAUUGCCAUGUUGGAGACCAACAAGAUGGCCACAGAUUACACAUAUGGUGAUGGAAAGACCGGCGACGGCACCAAUUUCGGCGUGUUCAAGCAGAAUUGGUACAUCCUGAGACAUUCUGCGUCUGAAUUCUUGGGCAAUACCGUCGACGAGGUCAAAGAUGGUGCUAUUCUCAAUUCGGAUCUGUCAAAGGACAUCAAGGCUCGUCAUGAGGGCGAGAAGCACUACGGGUAUGAAACUUGGUUCAGUGGCCACCGCAAUGGAGAAUCGGGUAUCAACAACCCGGGCACGGCCGACAUCAAUGCAUACAUCAGUGGGGUGGCAUGGAUUCAAAAGCAGAUUGAGAGUGAUGACAAGUACCAGAGCGAUGAUACUCGCUUCUGGGUUGAUGUCGUCGCCAUCUAG